UGGGGCAACUUCUGCCGUCCAGUGCUUGCCGGGCAUCCUCGUCCCAUGCGGCUUUCCGGUAUCUUGCUUCCAGUAGGUUUGAGCCCACAGGGCUGCGGCAUUUGGACUUUUAUAUCUGAGUUAGACAGCAGUGCUUGGACAGCAGUGCUUUAUUUAAUUGCCUGUCUUGUACGAGCCCACUUUCUCCAUCUCCUGGGUAUAUUUUCAACCAGCAGAGCGGUGCAGCGGUGACACAUGGCAUGUUCCUCAUUGGGGAUACGCUCCUGCCGGAUCACCGCCUCACGUUUCCGCUGCGGAUCCUCAUUCUGGUCGUGAUUGGCAGCCGCUGCACCGUCUUAUAUCUCCCUUUAACUGAGAGGCGAAUGCUUGCGCUCUACGACGCAGUCGGACGGAGAAAGAGAAGCCUGCGAGUCUGGCCUCAUUUACAACUCAGCUACUCUGGGAACUCGUCUCUGAUUUUCUUCUUGUCAGGUUGCACAGAGACUACGGUAUUUAUCGCCACGCAGAGGAGACUGUGCGCAACAGUCGAAGCAAUACCUCGUAUUGGCCCAUAUCUGUACUGCAAUUCCGAUUGGAAGUUUGGCAAGCAAAUCCAGAAGCGCCAGCUUGAGGUUCCUGAGUAUGCUGCCAAUUUUGUCAACUACAAAGCACUGAAAAAGCUCAUUAAAAAGCUUUCCGCAACUCCCACGCUCCAAGCUCAGAAUGACCACCUUCAACACACCGUUAGCAUAGAUUCACAAGCCGCUUUGCAAGCGAACAAGGCAACGUUCUUCUUCCAGUUGGAAAGGGAACUUGAGAAGGUAAACGCCUUUUAUCUCCAGAAAGAAGCAGAGCUCAAAAUUCGUCUUAAAACCCUUCUGGACAAGAAAAAGGUCCUCCAGUCACGACAUGGUAUAUCAAGACGCUCAGCCAAGUUCACAACCCUGCAAGAGGGCUUUCAACAAUUCGCCAACGAUCUCAACAAGUUGCAGCAAUUUGUCGACAUAAAUGGGACGGCAUUCUCCAAGAUCCUCAAAAAAUGGGACAAGACUUCCAAGUCCAAGACGAAGGAGCUCUACCUUUCCAGGGCCGUCGAGGUUCAGCCCUUCUUCAACCCGACAGUUAUCAGCGAGCUCUCUGACCAGGUCACAACGAGCCUGCAGGAGCUCGGUGCUUGGGCAGAUGGCGACCACGUCAGCUUCGAGGGACAAGGACGACCGGACCAUAUUGUGAGCAGUCAUCAUCUCCUGGGCACCGAAGAAGGAGAUGCAGAUACCGUCCUCCUUGAGACUGUCCUUUCGGGGAACCUCGACUCUCUGAGAGACCUCCUGGGGCGUAUGCGAGAAGCAGUGGAGCCCAACUCUACAAUAGACCUGUCUUUGAUGGAGAGGAUCACCAGAACCUUUCUUGCAUCUAUCAAUGAGGCCCCGCAGGAAUCUCUCCAGCUCCUGCUUGACACAGGCUUGGUGGAUAUCCAGUCCGAAGAUGACAUCAAUGAGCGCAACUGCUUGCACCAGGCGACCAUCUACGGCAACUACUUUGUUCUGAACCUCGCAUUGGAGAAAGGCGUUGCAGUCAACCGGACGGACGUCUACGGCCGCGUACCAUUGCAUUAUGCCAGUUUACAUGGCCGAUUGGACAUGAUUAAUGCGUUGCUGGCUGUCGACGCCGAUACCAUCAAUCUCAUCGAUCACGAUAAUUUCCGGCCGUUGGUACAUGCCAUCAUACACAACAAUCUGGACUGUGUACAAAUUCUUGUGGAGAAAGGAGCCCAGCUGAAUUCAAUCUCAGACACCGACCAUGCCCCACUGAACCUGGCAUGCAAACACGGUUCGCAUGCAAUCGUCGAGCUGCUCCUCACCAAAGGCGCCCAGAUACUACCAGACGCCGAGGGUCUGUACCCCCAGCACCUUGUGGCCAGAUCUGCCAGGAACCCAGAGCUGCUGAGUCUACUCAAGCAUUUUGGUGCCGACCUAGAUCAAAUCGACAAGCUAUACGGGUGGACACCGCUUGUGCAUGCUGCUAGCGAGGGCAACGUUCCUUGCUUGCGAGCACUCCUGGACGAAGGCGUUGACGCGAAUAUUCUCGACGAGAAAGAGCUCUCCGCGCUUUACUAUGCAGCGUGGGAGGGUCAUCUAGAGUGCAUGAAUCUGCUGAUAUCCCUCCAAAGCACGCCGGCCAAGGAACCGAGCCCAAGGGCAACCCAAGUGUUGCCGCCAUCAUUGGGCCCAAUGGCCCAGACGCAGGACUCUGAAAUAAUGUCACUGGAUCCAGACGGAAUUCCCGACUUAGAAUUGCCUCCGCCCAUCAUCCCGCUACGCAGAUACGGACACAACUUUCUGGACACGAAGACGGUCGUACAGAUCAGUUUUGGUGCGGAUGCUGAACAGCCUCUCGUGUUCUUCCACGACGGCAAAUACCCGGCCGCGCGGUUGACCAUCUCAUCCAAGGCCGCAGACUUCAUUCCUAAGAAUAUCAUCCUCCCAUUUACCGAAGAUACCCGCCUUGUUUCUUUCCAAGUCGACAACCUGGACACUUUUACGCUGGAUUUCGAUGUGUUCCCUACCUAUGGAGCGAAGGUCAUUGCGAAGACUGUGGCUUUGCCCAACACCUUCCGGGCCUCACUGAGCAGUUCUGCCAGCUGCUGCCUCCCUUUGUUUGACCCCCGGCUUCGUGCGAUCGGUCAAAUCAGCUUUACCACGCAGGUCAUCAAGCCUUUCCAAGGAAAGCCUCUGGAGAUCACCGAUUUUGAGACGUAUUGGAAGGCGACUCGGCAGUUUGAUCGCCAUAUCAGCAGUUUUGUCACGGGUUCCAGUCUUGUUGGCAAUUUCGUAAGACUCUAUGUGCAGCAGACAAGAGAUGGUGUUGCGGUCCUAUGGCCUACUAGAACGGUGGACAUGGGCACAGAAGGCAUGGCGGUUCCUCUGUCAUGGGUUACUCAUGCGCAAUUCGAUCAGAUGGCCCGCUCGUCAGCUUCGAGGAAGGCUCUUGUAGCGGGGGCCCUCGACCAGCCGACCGAGCUUCAGGAAAUUCAUCGCCAUUUCGCGUCAGCGGGGCUCACCCUUGCGGAGGCCCUCGACGUAUUACCCUCUAACAUCAACGUCAAUUUGCACUUCAUCUACCAAAUAGCCGAAGAUCACGCCCAUCCACAACCACAGGAGUCGAACAGCCGCGGUCUCAAUAGCUUUGUUGACUCGGUGCUGGGGAUUGUUUUCGACCACGCCCGCGUGCAGCGUGCACAAUCUCAGCAGAGCGGAGGCAGCACGGCAGUCCGGUCCGUCGUAUUCAGCUCGUACAGCCCUAGCGUCUGUACCGCACUGAACUGGAAGCAGCCAAACUUCCCCGUGUUCAUGUGCAACGACCUCGGCCGCGAGGAGGUCUCAAUGGCACCCCCGCAGAUGAUCGCGGCCGCUGUGAACCACGGCCGCCGGUCCAGCUCUAUCAAGGAGGUCGUCAGGACGGCGCAGAGUAACAACUUCAUGGGCCUGGUGGUUGCCUCAAGGCUCCUGAAAAUGGUUCCUUCGCUUGUGGACGCUAUCAAGGCUCAAGGACUCGCCCUUGUAGUCGACAAGUCUUCCGAGGCUGGACCGCUCUCCGACCCCCCGCCUGAAAAGCUGCCACCAGGGGUGGAUGGCGUUUUCAAAUACACUGGCGUGCUGAGAUUCACAGACUCGAUAGACAUGUAA